AUGGAGCCAAUAAAUCGUCCUCCAAUACUUCCUCCUGGUGUGCUGGAAUCCAGAAAACUUAAGCGACAGAGGUUGGCCAUCUCGAAAUCUGCUUAUUCUAACCAAGAGGAUUCAGAUGUCGAUAUGGAGGUUCCUGCUGAGAUUAAACCACGUUUAACUGCUCGCGAACGUGAAUUGGCAGGCGGCGAAGACUAUGUCCUGAACCUUCGUGAACAUUGGCUCCUGCCUAAUCCCGAACAGAUAAACGACGUAAUACCCGAAAUUAUUAACGGGCGAAACGUCAUUGACUACAUGUUUGAUCCGGACAUUGAGGAACGGCUCAAUGAGUUGGAACGGCAGGAGGCUGCCUUUGAGGCUUCCGGCGCAUAUGCUGAAUCUGAUUGGGGGAAGGAGGAGCGAGAUUUACCAGAAGAUGAAAGGGCCAGACUAAAGGAAAUAAGAAAUACAGCCAAAAAGCAAGCUAACAGAUUAAGCAAUUUUGCAUGA